AUGCAGAAUACCCCUCGUGAGAUAGAAGGGAUACUUAAAGAAGAGUAUAAGAAGUACCAAGUACGCACUAGCAUUCAUCAUUGGCAGCUACGAGAUAUGAUUACGACCACAACUAAAUUUGGAGAAGUUGUUUAUGCACAUUCCAAUACAAUCAAUCUUCUUAACACAGAAACCCAGAAGAGUCAUACUUUAGUCAAGAACCUAGUGUUCAAUCCAACUUCAAUUUGCUAUGGCCACGGGAUGGUUGCAAUUGGUGGACAAAGAAGCCAGCUAGUUAUCAAAAACAUUGCCACUGGAGCUGAAAAGCGGAUUUGCACGGGCGGCUCCAUUAACAAUGGCGUGGAAAUUUUCGAUCAUUUUGGUGAUCUACGAGUGUUAGUUUGUAAUAAUGAUGAAACAAUUAAAGAGUAUUCUUUAGGAGCCAUGCGUAAAAGUGCCGUGCUAAUGCACAAAGCACCUGUUAAUAGUUGUGCAGUUAGUCCUGACGGUCGGUUUUUAGCAACCGUUGGAGAUAAUAAUGAUGUUAAUCUUUUUUCGAUAGGCCGAGAUCGCUACAAGUUAAAAACAACCAUGAAAGCCACUAAUGAUGCUUCUUUCAAAGUUUCCUGGAGUCCUUCCUCUACCUAUCUAGCUGCCAGCACUCAGGACGGGUACGUCUGCAUCUAUGACAUUCGCAAUACAGCCAAAAAGAUCUCUACUAUUUCUUCAAUGCAAAGCCCACUAGUUAAAGGUGCAUGCCGCAACGUUAAGUUCUGUCCUAAAAUCUCCAUGGACCUACUAGCCUUUACCGAACACGUCUCUCAUUUCACUUUAGUUGAUACUCGUGAUUUCACCAAAAAGCAAAGCAUUGCCCUUGCCUCCCCAGAAACCGACCGCCAUAUUUCCGGCAUGGCCUUCUCACCCUGUGGUGAGUCCCUCUUCGUCGGCACCGAAAUGCUUAUCUUUGAAUUUGAAAUUGACUCCCUUCGCCGCCGCCUGCACCAAGUAGUCAAUGCCCAUUGA